AAAUGAGGAGUCGCCACUUUUUUUUCCGCGUCAAGUUCGUGGCUGAAACUUUUUCUUUCCCCCUUUUUCUUCUCUCUCUCUCUCUCCUUUCUCUCUGCGUGCGGACGGGCCGCGCCACGAUGAGGGGGAAAGCGACGGGCUUCCUCUUUCUAACUUUGCCUCUUCUCGUGGACAUGCAGCUCUUCCUUUGAUGCACACACUCCGUUGCUCGGCGCCGACGUCGUGUGCUUUUGUUUUGUUUUUUUGUCGUUUUGUUUUUUUUCCCCCUCCGCGUUCCUUUUUAGAUGCUUCUCGACACAUUUCCGUUAUGCGAAGUCCGACUUGUUGGUUAGCUGUCGUGCUGCGGUGGAUGCCCGUCCGAGAUAACGGAGAACUGAUUCUCAGCCGGUCUGGUUACUGCAAUGAAUGGUAACACUAUCCAUCCAGCCAACACCACCACCACAACAGCAGGAGGAGGCCCUGGCGUGGCAGCGCCCCCAAGAGGCUGGAGGGAGUUCUGCGAGCUGCACGCCAUCGCCACAGCCCGGGAGCUGGCCGGACACUACCGGAGCUUCGCCAGAGAGUGGCCGCAGCAUGACGUGCUCCUGCCAGAGACCUUUUCCAAGCAGUUCACCGACCUCUUCCAAAAGCACUUCUGCUGCGAGGUUGACAAAGAUGGCACUCCGCUCAGCCAAAACAGAUGCUCUACCGCCGCCGGUAGCGCUUCCUCCACAUCUCCAGCGGCCCGUCCCCUUCCAACACAGCCUGUGACCGGUCGAUCGCGGAUCACGUCUUUGUCUGGGUCACAGGACUAUCGGGAGGCGGGCCGUCAAAGUGGAGGUGCUGCUCUUUUUGCUUUGGUGCCGCCAAAGGUGGAGCCGGUGGUGGUGUGCCGGGAACAGGAGCAGCCACUGCAAUGUGCUGCGGGAAACUCCCUGUCGGGGAAUCCGGUGGUGCUCAGGGGGUCGACUCGAAGUGUCGGCUGCGGGUCGCUGCUGAUGCAUAGCCGUGGCAGCGAGGAGAUCUCUGGCGGCCAUCGUCCGCAGGUAUCCGAACGGUACUCGCUUGACUCCUCAGCCUCCAACCCUGGACAUGCUGACAUCACACACUUCUCUGUCAGUCAGAUCCAGCACACCGUGAGAAAGCUUUUCAAGAAACGGCCCCUACCCAGCCCCCCCUCAACCCCGGACCUGUCUUCUAGUAACCCCAACCCCACCAGCAACAACAACAAUCCCCCAAAUAAUACCGACAGAGUGGGCGGGACUUACUCCACAAAUGUGGAUGUGUCGUCCUCCUCCUCUUCCUCCCACUCCUCCUCUUGUCUGAACUCUGAUGCCACCCCUCUAGGCGCUUCACACUGGUCCGUGGCCGGGGUGGCCUCUCACUUCCUAGAUCGUUUACGUUGGUUACACAGCAGAAGCAUGAGGCGGAGGAGGUCAGUGGUGAGCGGCUGCUGUAAAGAGGGGCAACUGAGGUACUUACUGGUGGAUGACACCAGUUCAGACUCUCAGCCCCGCUGGCAACGCUGCCGUCUGCUGGUCCGGAGGAUCAGGGACGCUCAAGGAGGAGGAGGAGGAGUUGGAAGAGGAGGAGGGGAGAGGUACCAGCUGGAGCUCUAUGAUCCUCCAAAGGCCUCCAGCCCCAAGCUGACGACUCAGUGCUCUGAUAUCCAAGAAGUCCGUCGCUGCAACCGCCUGGAGAUGCCCGACAACUUAAACACAUUUGUUUUAAAGGUUAAUCGAGGCAGUCUGAUAUUUGAGACCGACAACGACCAGCAGGUCAGCUCCUGGACCACGGAGCUGAAAGAAUGUAUCAGCAACAGGUCGGGCAGUGUGGAUCUGGAGCCCCUCCCUCCCCCGUCCGACAGCUCCGUUCCGGCCAAUCGCAGAGGAAGCUCGGCGUCAGCGAGUCAAACCCCAGCCACCUUCACCCUGCCCGAGCAGGUGAUCCAGAAGACGGAUCACUUCCUCUUCUCCUACCCUUGGUUCCACGGGCCCAUCUCUCGCGUCAAGGCGGCCCACCUGGUCCAGAGCUCCGGACCGGAGGGACACGGGGUGUUCCUGGUGCGACAGAGCGAGACGCGCAGGGGAGACUACGUCCUCACGUUUAACUACCAGGGAAAAGCAAAGCACCUGCGCCUCUCUCUAACCGAGUGGGGUCAGUGCAGGGUGCAGCACCUGCGCUUCCCCUCCGUCAUGGACAUGCUCAGCCACUUCCGCCUGUUCCCCAUCCCGCUGGAGUGUGGGGCCGCAGGUGCCGUCACACUGUCCAGCUUUGUAGUGGCGGGCUCCAGCCCUCCGUCACAGGGCCAGCUCUCCGGCGCCGUCCUGGUCCCGUUCUCCCUCCACCGGUGGAGCUCGGAGCCCAGCUUGGCUCACUGCAGCUUGGCCCGCAGCUCCACUCAGCCCGCCUCAUCCUGCUCCACCGCCAGCUCCGCCCCCAGCUCCGUUCCCCAGCCGGGGAACCACCACCGCCACCACCCCCCCGCCAUCCGCGCCAACCCCGUCCCCGCCCCUCCUCCGUCAGCCCCCGCCCCGCUGCGUCGGAGCGAAUCGGUGGGUAGGAGGCCGCUGCUUCGCCACCCCGCCACUCGCACUCCCAUCAUCCCUCAGCGGGACUCGGACUAUGAGCUUGAGCCCGAGCGGGGCCGCAAGCGGGCGAUAGACAACCAGUACAUGUUGCUCUGACCUGCUGAGUCGAACACCUCCAUCACCUCUGAAAGACAGGAGACACACACACACGCGCAUAAUACAGAAACAUUUUGUUACCCCCCCCGCUUCAUGGGAGUGUGAGACAUAACUUCAGCAGACUCGUGAACUUGAGCAAACAAGUUUGAUUAAUGCAUAGCUGUGUAUGAAAACACACACACACACACACACACACACACACACUCACUAUGUGUGAGUGUGUCUUCUAACAGUGUCAGACCCCCCCCCCCCCCCCCCCCCGAGUGUCCACAGUGAAUGUAUUUUUGGGAGUUUUAUGACCGUGUUGACAAUGACGAUGAUAAUUCUUGUUGUAUUGAUGUUGAGGGUCCGUGUGAGAGGGAGAGCCACGUGUGUGUGUAGCUCAUCCUCAAGCACAAAAAAAUAUUUUAAAAAUAUUUCUAGUGAAUCCAACGAGGUGCGCUUUAUUUAACUUCCUCGGCACUUAACCUGGGCUGCCUGCAGAACUGGUAAAAUCAAGUGCUCCCUUAAAAAUAUUUAAGACAUUUACUCCUCACACAGAGUUCCCAGUGUGGAGCGAACUCCCACCCCUUUCUUUUUUUUUUACAAACAAAAAACACUCUAGUUCAGAGUUGUUACACCCUCGUAGACAUUUUCUCCUCUUGCGUAUUAUUAUAUAUUUUAGUGCACAUCGCUUUCAGUGCACUUUGGAAACAAUGUGUAUUUUUUCUAUACACGGAUAAUUAUUUUUUUGUAGAAAAAUAAAAAAGUAAAAAAGGGGAAAACUUGGUUAAAGUCAGUUGGGGAAGUUUUUUCUAGAAAAGAAUCGAGCAGCGCUUCCACUCUUUCGAAACCUUUGCUGACGCAAAUAGAGCAAUGAUUCAGGAUCAGCUUCCAUCAGCACUGAGGCAGUGGGAGCUCGUGUGUGUGCUGAUCUCCGUGUGGUACAGUGUUCACCUUUUGUCUGUGCGUGAAUUUGUGUUGCAGUAGUCCCUGCAACACAGGGAAGUUUUUCCAAAUCAUCGUCGGGUUAUUUCUGACACAAAAUCAAAGAAAAUGGAAAAAUGUAAUCAUGUGAUAAAAAUAACACCUGUGGAAUGAUUUCAUUACAGCUAAUUCAAAUUUGUAUUACCUUUUAUAUUUACUUCAAAGUCACAAACUGUAUUGUGUGAUACAAAAUUACUAAUUAGUAGUUUAAAAAAUUACAUUUCCUAUUUUUUACGAACCAAAUCCACCCCGGUCAUGUAUAUAUAUAUAUAUAUAUAUAUAUAUAUAUAUAUAUAUAUAUAUAUAUUAUAUGUGUAUGUAAAUUCCAAAAAUGAAAUAGAUAUUUUUUAUUUAUCUUUUAUAUUGUAUAACGGAGUCGCACAAAAUUCACAUUGUUACUUUGAAGUAAGGACUUCCAACUCCACUCCGUUGAUUUUGUGCCAUAAAGAUUAUUCUUCAAAAAUCAGAUGAGGCACAAAGAAAAAAAAAAAAUCUGUGUCCAACACAGGACAUGAACUGAAAAAGGCUUCACUCCAAAGAGCGUGAGAGGAGGAAACACUCGGUGCGCAGACCAAAAAACAAAGAGAGAAUCAAAUGUGAGUCACCGAAUGAUUUGU